GAAGAGAUGGAGGCCGAGGCCGACCAGCCUGAGUCUGGUGAGACUGCCGACUCUGAGUCUCCCAAUCGUAUACUCGCGUGUCCCUCGCUGGCCAUUGCGGAUUCAGGUUUGAUGCUUGGGGUUGUUGUAACAUACAAACUCAGCCCGCGUUAUCCAGUCGGUUCAAACGUCCACACACUGCUAUCACGCUCAUUGCAUUUCAAGUCAAGUUCCUAGUCAUCAAACAAGAACAUGGCUUCGACUACUCAUGCAUCCCUCAAGCGUAUACGCUCUACAGCGAGCUUGAAUGAUGCGGCCAAAAUCCUCUUGCGGCUCCUUCCCCCCCUUGCUGCAAGCCUCCAACAACCACUUUCUUUUUCGUCCAAUCGCAAAUUACUCAACUACUUCCCGUUCAACCAAUCAACCAAUUCUACAAUGGCGUCGAAGAAAACCAACCUGAAGGCCGGAAAGUCCAAAUCCGCCCGCAACGUCUCUUCGGAGACCAAGUCCCGAAACGCCGUAUGUUUGAUCCCCUAUCGACCGAUGUCACGCCAAGACCUCCGCGGCAUGGUCAAAAUGUUUCAUUCCAUUGAGCGCCAUGCGUUAUUCGUUUCGACAUACCUUAUCCACCUACUUCUGUGCCAUGUUGGGAUAGAUGGAAUGUAUUGCCGGAGUACAAAAUGCUACAAGGUCGCUGGAAACUCUCUUUGAGGGGCUCGUUGUCGGGCCCUGGUUAUCAUGGAUUGCGGCUUGUAUCAAGGGAUUAUAAAAUAAGGAGAGCAAAGUAACUCAUGAAUUGUUCAAAAGACUUCGCUUGAAUCAGCCAG